AGGUAAAAAAUAAAAAAUGACGACCGCACACGUCCUGCUCAACGUAAGCACUACGUGGACCGCCAACAACGAUAUCUGUGAGAAAGAUGAGCGCGUGGGCCGGUCCAUUAGAAACAUAGCAGCAGUAGCGGCAAGAGAACUCAGAGAAACUCCAGCAACUAAGGAACAAGCUAUACGAAUUAUGCGCGAUUGGAUACAAAAGAAUAAUGACAUUAAAAAUGUUAGACAAGAUGAAUCAUUCCUGCUACGUUUUCUUCGUCACAAGAAAUACAGCGUACCAAUGGCUCAACAGACGCUCUUGAAAUAUUUGAACUUAAGAAAGUUUUAUCCUAACAUUUUCACUAAAAUUGACUGUGAAGAUCCGAAAAUAAAGGAGAUUCUUAGUAAUGGGUACAUAGUUGUUUCGCCGCUUCGAGACAGCAAGGGUCGUCGGGUCAUCGUUUACAACAUGGGCAAAUUCGACGCGUCGAAAUUCGGCUGUUGGGACAUGUGCCGCGCUCAUGUUGUAGUUUAUGAAACCUUGAUGGAAGACCCGACGGACCAGAUUUUCGGUUUCACUCACGUGGGCGAUGGUAACGGAUCGACGACUGCUCACGUGACCACUUGGAAUCCCAUAGACUUUGCGCGGCUUAUAAAGUGGGGUGAACAAUCAAUUCCAAUGCGUCAUAAAGAGUUCCAGCUCAUCAAUAUUCCGGUCGCCCUCAAGUACAUCAUUGACUUUGCGAUAAGCAAAGUCUCCACCAAAAUGAACGAAAGAUUACACAUCCACACAAAUAUCAAGAAUCUCCAAAAUGAAGUAGAUGUUUCCUGCUUACCAACGAAUUAUGGUGGUCACAUACCCUUACAGGAUAUGAUAAAAUACACGAGAGAUCUGAUGAUGGAGAAAAGACAGACGCUACUCGCUCUAGACGAGAUGGAAAUAAUAAACGCAUCUGGAAUAAUAUCUUCACGAAACCCAUCGAAGAUUAUAAAAGGCGACAGCGUGUCAGUCGAAGGCAGCUUUAGAAAAUUAGAAAUAGAUUAACUGUGAUCUAUGAUUUAGAUAAAGGAGAACUUUUAAGCAUUUACGUAUUGUAAAUAGGUUAAGAAAAUACAGGAUCUAAAUAUUAAUAUUGUAAUAAUAGUCAUGUUUGGUGGUAGCUACAAGUGAUAAGAGUAUUCUUAUUCGUCAUCGACCAUGAGUUUGAGAAUAAGUAAUGGUAUAAUUAGGUAAAGGCAGAGAAUGUAACGAUUAUUAAAUUUGCAAUUUGUACAGUAACGGCCUCACUUAUAAACGUUGAACAGUCUUUAUCAUUU